CCAGAGGAGGGCACCAGAUCUCAUUACAGAUGGUUGUGAGCCACCAUGUGGUUGCUGGGAAUUGAACUCAGAACCUUUGGAAGAGCAGACAAUGUUCUUAACCGCUGAGCCAUCUCUCCAGCCCAGCAAAGCUUGCUUUAUGUUCAGUUAAAUACACCUUAGCUUUUGUUGAAAGUUAGAUAUGAUGUGAUGACAUUCCUCUAAUGGUAAAACGGCGCAGUUCCCUGAGAGGUGGCAGUGGGCCAUAAGCAGCAGCCAGACCCCACCACCCAAGGCCUCUGUGGGUCCCAGGCGGUGGGAAGUGACGGGUGAGAGACCUCAGCAAGGCAGUCUGUCCCAUGAGGAUCUGCGGUGGGUGAGAGCUGGAUAGACGCCAUGCAGAGAGAGGGUUUGGGUAUAGUUCAUUCAGUGGGUUAUGGAAGGAAAGGGAAAGGGGAGAAGGAGAAAGAGGAGAGAGGGGGAGAGAGGAGAAGAGGCCUCAGCCACCUCUUCAGAAGAGAGAGAUGGGGGCAGACAGAGUAUUGGCUGGAAGAGGCUGGAAGUGGAAGGGGGAAUAGGCAUGGCUUGUGUCUUAAAGGGACAGUAGGUCAGAACAUUUCCCAGGGUUUUUUCAUAUGUGUGUUUGCCCCUCCCAUUUAGACAGGGUCUCUCUACAUAGCCUUAGCUGUCCUGAAACUUACUAUAUACACCAGGCAGCCUUGAACUCGAGAGCUCUGCCUGCCUUUGUUUGCCAAGUACUGGUAUCAAAGGAGUGUGCCACCACACCAGGUUACAAGUGCUUUCUUGAGAUUUACAGCUUCAGUUUCUGGCAAUUACAUGGUUGUGUGUUCUUUACAUUUUUGUUCUAUCAUUCUGCUUUCUUGUAAACAGAAUGAGAUACUUUUAGGUAUAAAUCUGUGGAGAUGCCUCCCAGUUCUUACUGGAAUCAUCUUGCAUGAUAGAGGACUCAAAAUGUAGGAAGUAGCAGAUGGCCAGUCUGUCUACAUAGUAAGUUCUAGGGCAGACAGGACUAUUUAGAUCCUGUCUUAAAUACAGACAUAUGCCAAUUAUAGGAAGUUUUUCAGAAUAUCCAUGCACAAAAAUGGUGUCUUAGUUAGGUUUCCUAUUGCUGUGAAGAGACACGAUGACAAUACAACUCUUAUAAGGAAAACAUUUAACUGUGGUGGCUUACAGUUCAGAGGUUCAGUCCAUUAUCAGCAUGGUGAGGAACAUGGCUGUAGGGUAAACUGGUCAUCCUGAGGAUGAAGAUCGACUGUCCCAUGAACCUUGAUGCCCCAAUUCAGCAGGAAGUGUCUAACAAAAAUGUUGCCCCCUUUCCAACCUCCACUGGUGGUUCAUUAACAAAAAAGGGGGGAAUGUAGGGUAAAAGGAAUAGCCAAGGAAACCCACUCUGGCCCUGAAACCAGACCUGUGAAAGAAUCACACCCUUUAGCCCUGAACCCAGAACAUUAAGAAACACACCCUGACUCUGAAACCAGUGCCAAAGAAACUCACUUUGGCCCUGGAAUUAGAACCAGCGAAAGAAAUAUGCCCUGGUCCCAAAACUAAAGAAAAAAAAAAAAAAACAGGCCAGUGAAAGAGUUUGACCCUGAAACCAGAGCCAACUCUGCCCACUAACCAACUGAACAUGAAACCAACCAAUCCUUGAGCAGAAAAUCUUCCUGGGAAAACUCCACCCCUAAGAAGCCCUAUAUAACCCCCUCUGCCUGUUCAGUAGCUGGCUAUCCUUUCCCACCCUGGCAGAGGCAGCCACUCUCCAAGACUACUCCUUCCCAAAUAAAUCUUUCUUAAAAGAGUUUUGGGAGAAGAUCUUUCCUCAUCGUGGAGAAGGACUUUGCUGAGACGUUCCCUUUGGGAGCUGAGCAGAAAAACCAGAAGAAACAGUUACAUUUCUCCCUUGGGAGUUAAGCAGAAAAGGUAAUUUUUCAUUUUUCUCCAGAGCCCAAGGAGAUUGCUACAUUUCUGCAGGUGCUUCCCCUUUAGCAGAAUGCAACAGAAAUGACAUCUUGGGCUGGAGCAGAUGGGAAGAAACGUGUAGCUUCCAUAGGAGAAUGGAGUGGAGCUCAGCUGUGACAGCUUUCUCUAGGAGAGGAGCAGGAUUGCUGCAUCCUGCGGGGGGACCAUCCCCCACUGUACCCCAGCUUCAGGUGUAGUCAGGAUACCUUGUCUAGUCUCCAGAGCUGUUCUAGUGCGGCUCCAGAUACAGCCUGACUCCCAGAAGAGUCAGGAUACCUUUCCUUCCAGAGCUGUAACAGUUGCUUACAAUGGUGACAUGCUGGUGUGCAGACAUGGUUUUGUCUGCAAGAGAAGUUGAGGGUCCUCCAUCUUACAGGCAACAGGAAGUCCACUGCCACUCUGAGGAAAGCUUGAGCAAAAGAUACCUGAAAGCCCACCUCCACAGUGACACACUUCCUCCAACAAGACCAUACUUCCUAAUAGUGGCACUCCCUUUGGGGACCAUUUUUUUUCAAACCACCACAAGUGGGAUGGGGACAGAAGGUGUCUUAGUGGUUUAAGUCCCUUGUUCUUGUAGAGGACUUCAGUUUGGUUCCCAGCAGUUUACAACUGACUUCAACUAAAUUCCCAGGGAUGCAGACUAUCCUCAAAUACCUGCAAACACUUGGAGGACACACACACACACAGUCAUACACACAUAUACAAGAAUAAAAACAUUUCCAAGAGAGGGUUUAAAAAAAGAUAUAGAAUUAGUAAGAAAACAGAAUCCCUCAAAAUGACCAAAAUUCCCUCUUUAACAUUUUCUAAUAUUUUCUUCAUACAAUAUAUUUGAUCAUGUUUUUUCCCUCCUUCAACUCCUCAUAAAUCCAACUCAGGUCUCCCCAUAAAUCCCUUUCUUUUGAAGGGCUUGAAUAUGACACCAGUGUUCCAGGGAUUGGUAAUGUCACCAGUGCUGACGCUCACCAGUGAGGAGUUUUUAACGGUGGUGAUUUAAUCGACUUAGAACUUUUGGAGCGUUGGCCAAUAGCAGGUCAGGGGAAUAGAGGUAUAUUUAACUGGUUUCCGAAAUCAGCCAUUAGAAAGAUUGACCUGCAGUUGAGUGGUCCACCGCCCCAGCUUCGGCACAAUGCAUGCAUCAUCAGAGACCAGCUCCAUAUCCAGACGCCCGCUACUUUACACACUUGGUUCUUCCCAAAUUGGCUUUGAAGAAUCACACCUACCACCUUUCCUUUAUGUCCCUUCCGUGUUUCAACAGGCUCUCACGCGUGCCCAAAAUAACCUUGAAAUUUUGAUCCUCUUGCCUCCACCUACUGAGUGCUAGCUUUACAAGACUGCGCCAUCACACUAGUCUUUCUGAGGUGCUGGCAAAUGAACCCAAGGCUUUCUUCACAUUAGACAAAUCCCAACCACUGACAACUUCUCCAGACCCAAGAUGACAGUUCUCAACAGCGGUGGUGUGUAAAUCCCAACGUAAAGUGCCAAUUCAAAGGCAACUCCCUUCUCUUAAUCCCGAGGUUUCUUUUUGGUGGGGAGGGCCCUGUCUGUGCAGGCUGAUCAGGAAGCUCGGGAGACCGGCUCACGAUGGAGAACAGCAUCUUCCAGUCCUUGGCCACUACACUGCCAGUCCCGUGUGGACUCAGGAUCGUGGCUGGCGUUUAGUCCAGCGCCGUCUUCCAGGGUUUACGGGAGGCUGGAACCCGAAACAUGAAGGGCCCUGGGUUGGCGACAGAAGACGAGCCGAGCGCGCCAGACACAGUCAGGAAGCUCCCGUCCGCCCCGCGCCGCCCGUCGUCCCCGAGCGCCCUCUCGCGCCCCCGCGCCCGCCCGGGACCGUCGAGGGAGCGCGCGGGGGGCGGGGCCGGCGCGGGGGCGCGCGCGCGAGGCCGCGGGCAGGGGGGCGGGGCGGUAGAGCUCGGUGCCCGGCCUGGAGGACAGCGGUGUCGGAGUCGGCGGUCGGCGACGGCGGCAACGCAGAGAGGCCGUGCGGAUCGCGGGCGCCGGGUCUCCGGAGCUCAGAGGUUGACUCUUCACACUGAAGCCAUUAGGAAAAACCCUUGUGAUUAACAGCAGAGGCUUCAGAGUGUCACCAGUAUUCAGGCCUAAAAAUUAUUUUAAAUGGCGACUGAUAUGUCUCAAGGUGAACUCGUCCAUCCUAAGGCACUCCCACUUAUAGUAGGAGCUCAGCUGAUCCACGCGGACAAGUUAGGUGAGAAGGCAGAGGAUAGCACCAUGCCAAUACGUCGAACUGUGAAUUCCACCCGAGAAACUCCACCCAAAAGCAAGCUUGCUGAAGGGGAGGAAGAAAAGCCAGAACCAGAUGGAAGUUCCGAGGAGUCUAUUUCUACUGUAGAAGAACAGGGGAAUGAAACCCCGCCUGCUACAUCGAGUGAGGCGGAGCAGCCCAAGGGGGAGCCUGAGAAGGAAGAGAAGGAAGAGAACAAGUCUUCUGAGGAGACCAAGAAGGAUGAGAAAGAUCAGUCUAAAGAAAAGGAGAAGAAAGUGAAAAAAACAAUACCUUCCUGGGCUACUCUUUCUGCCAGCCAGCUAGCCCGGGCCCAGAAACAAACACCAAUGGCUUCUUCCCCACGACCCAAGAUGGAUGCAAUCCUAACUGAGGCCAUUAAGGCAUGCUUCCAGAAGAGUGGCGCGUCAGUGGUUGCUAUUCGAAAGUACAUCAUCCAUAAGUACCCUUCUCUGGAUCUGGAGAGAAGGGGCUAUCUCCUUAAGCAAGCUCUGAAAAGGGAGUUAAGCAGAGGAGUCAUCAAACAGGUCAAAGGAAAAGGUGCAUCUGGCAGUUUCGUUGUGGUUCAGAAAUCAAGAAAAACACCUCAGAAAUCCAGAAACAGAAAGAAGGGCUCAGCGGUGGAUCCAGAACCACAAGUAAAACUGGAAGAUAUUCUCCCAUUGGCCUUUACUCGACUUUGUGAACCUAAAGAAGCAUCCUACAGUCUCAUCAGGAAAUACGUGUCUCAGUAUUACCCUAAGCUUAGAGUGGAUAUCAGGCCUCAGUUGUUGAAGAAUGCUCUGCAGAGAGCAGUAGAGAGAGGCCAGUUAGAGCAGAUAACUGGCAAAGGUGCUUCGGGGACAUUCCAGGUUAGAUGGUUUCAGAACCUCUUUUAUUCUCAAACUGUGUUGAAGACUCUCAAAGAUUUUGUUUAUAUUUUUUGUAAAGUGCAUUUGCUGAAAAAAACUCUGCAGAAAUGUGAGAAGAAUGGGUGGAUGGAGCAGAUCUCCGGGAAGGGGUUCAGUGGGACUUUCCAGCUGUGCUUCCCGUAUUACCCCAGCCCAGGAGUUCUAUUUCCAAAGAAAGAGCCAGAUGGUUCUAAGGAUGAGGAUGAAGAUGAAGACGAGGAUGAGGAUGAAUCAUCAGAGGACUCUGAGGAUGAAGAACCACCACCCAAGAGAAGCUUACAGAAGAAAACCCCAGCCAAGUCCCAAGGGAAGGCUGCAUCCAUGAAGCAGAGAGGGUCCAAGCCUGUGCGUAAAGUCCCUGCUGCCCAGAGAGGGAAAGUGAGGCCGCUGCCCAAGAAAGCCCCCCCCAAGGCCAAGACCCCUGCCAAGAAAGCCAGGCCCUCACCCUCACUCAUCAAGAAGCCGAGCGGGAGCUCCUCAAAAAAGCCCACAGCCAGUGCCAGAAAGGAGAUGAAACUCCCUGAUAAGGGCAGAUCUACCAUGAAAAGAUCUUUCAAGGCAAAAAAGUAAAUUUUAUAGGAAAAAAAUGGGUAUCAUGAUAGAAUUCAAAAUCUUAUUUUAUAAGGUCAGUGUGCAUUUGUUUUAGUCAUGACGCUUUCAAAUUUUAUUUUUUUCUUCCCAUAUGAGCAUUGUGGGAAGGAAUAUAAACAAACCAAUGUAGACAUUUGUUAGCUUUAGGUACUGUUUUCAGUGCCUGCCUUUUCAUCAUUUUCAUUUCUGCAAUAAUCCUGGACUUUGCUGAACUACGUAAUCUACCCUAUUCCUUUUGCUCCUCUUAAUCUCAACCUUUUCUUUUUUUCUUUUCUUUUUUUUUUUUUUUUCUUUUUUUUUAUGGUCCGAUUUGGGUUUUUUCCCCUUCAAGUUAAUCUAAACAGUUGCAAAGACUUAGAUUUGUAGUAAGCACCAACAGGUCAGGUGCUGGAAGUCACAAGGAGGCAGGCACACUUGAGAAAGGCAUUGCCUCUGCCUGGAGACUUUGAGCUGUGGUGAUUAACCCAGGCUAUGAAGUCACUCCACUCACCAUUCUCUCCAGCUUGAACUUUGGAGAAGCCCUCGUCUCUGUGAUCCUCUAGAUUCUAAAGAUCUCCGCUCCUUUGGCCGCCCUGACCAAUUGCCAAGCACGCUUUGCUGCCCAGAGCAUUGUUCCCGUAACAGCAAGCACAAAUUGUCUGCACCACUUGGUUUUUGACUGAAGAGGAAGUACAGGAAUAUGUGGAAUCUGAUUUCUGGUGUUGCUUAUAUUACCAAAAAUGAGGAAUAUUCUUGAUCAAAUGUCUAGAUAUAUUUUUAAUAUGUGGGGCAUGAGUUGUCCCUGUUUGCGAGUUUCCAUUACUAAUGUAGAAAUGUUAAGUGAUAAAACAUAUAAUUUGCUAAAAUAACCAGAUUUCAGAUUCACCUGUGUGCCCCCCCCCCUUUCCAUAGCACUUUUGAUAUCAGGCAAAUGGUUUCCUUUUUGAGAUAUUUUAACAGAAGAGAGGAGAGGGGGAAAAGCAAAUGAAGCUGUACUACCUAACCCUCUUUGUUUGUGUUUGUUUUAGGAUAUUGUGAGGUUGUGUAAAAUAGCACUAGCUUUCUACUUGAGAAAUAACAGUUUCUGCUUAUCAUUUAUUCCUUCCCUGUAGCACUUGACAUUUUAAUUGUCUUAAACUUUUGAUGUACAUCCUCUGGCCCCUUACAUACUGCCAGAGGAGAAUGUGUUUGUUUGAGAUUCAUUCCACUUGCAGUGUCCCUGGGAUCCCAGCAGCUUACAUAGGGCUGGGAAAUGGAUUUGAGAAAAUGGGCUUGAAUUGGAUGAUAACCUGUGAGAUCCCAUCAUGAGUCAUUGGGAUUUGUGUUGCAUGUAAGGCAAUCUUUCCUGUUGUAAAUCUUCCUUUUUUAUGUACAUAUAUUUUGAGAAAUAUGAAUAAACAUGAAAUUUUAAAAGCUGCUGAACUACA